AACGUUUAUACAAAAACUAUCUUUAUAACCGAUUACUUCUGCAGAAUAUUACCCUGACUCGUUUUGAAAUAAUAUUUCCAAAUAUACAAAUGCAUCUUUUAAUCUAAUUGGGGUGCAUUGAACAUUUUUUGUGUUGAUUUUGUCCCUUGUGUUCGUGCGUGCGUAUGUGUGAGACACGGACCAGUUAAUGUUAGCUACUGACUGUUAGCGGCAGGUUAGCUUCAGAGGUGGUCUCUGUUGGGAGGCAGAUCCUCAUCUUUUUGGGGGCUGCAGAUGAUGGGAGGAAUCAAACAAGAGCAGAGUGAUGCAUCCCAGCAGCUAAGAGCUUCACACUCAAUGGACCAACCACAAGAAGAGCCAAAGAAAAGAGGCUGGCCGAAAGGGAAGAAAAGGAAAAAGGUGUUACCAAACGGCCCCAAGGCCCCAGUGACGGGAUACGUGCGCUUUCUCAAUGAGAGGAGAGAACACAUGAGGGCCCGGUACCCCGACUUACCUUUUCCAGAAAUCACCAAAAGGCUCGGAGCAGAGUGGACACGGUUAGCCCCAAAUGACAAAAAGCGUUAUCUAGAAGAGGCCGAGCGAGACAAGGUGCAGUACGCCCAGGAGCUGAAGGAGUAUCAGCAGACCGAGGCCUAUCAGAUUAGCAGUGCCAAGAUCCACGACAAGAGGAUCAAAAAAGCCCGGGAGGCGGAGCUCCGGCGGCUGCGGAAGGCCAACAUCGAGUUCGAGGAGCAGAACGCCGUGCUGCAGCGCCACAUCAAGGACAUGAACAACGCCAAGGAGCGGCUGGAGGCCGAGCUGGGCCAGGACGAGAAGCGCACGCAGGCCCUCCACCAGCACCUGCUGGCCAUCAAACACACGCUGGUACAGGUGAGACGGCGUCCUUCGGAAACCUGGAUUCUGAGAAGUUGUGAGGAGACUCUGGACACAGACCCCCAGAAACUCCCAUCCUAGGCCCUCUGGACCUGGCUGCUGACCACAGCCCCGGUCAGGGCCACUCAGCACAGCCAGGGGGGCGGCGGGGUCAGCAGAGGGGGCCGCACCAACGGCCUUUUGUUUUUCUUUGUUUCCUUUUAUAGGUCAGCGCGGUCUCUGUGAAUAGAGCCCGCACGCUCCCCGGUGUUUUAUUGUUUUUACUCGGCUCUGUUUUUACAGUGGAGCAGAUUCAGCUGUCCCAGUUCAGCCAGUUCAGGCCCCAUUUGUGCACAGAUCCAGUAAAGUAGUGUGUGUUUGGUGUGUGACGGUCAGGAGAUGUACAGCAAUUUGUCAUAGGAAAAAAAAAAAAAACUGGAAUGGGGUUAAAUCAAAUCCAAUGUAAAAGUUUCUGUAUAAGAGUUGGAAGGAAAAGCUGUUUCAGACGUUAUCAUUCAUUCUACUCUCGCGCAUUAUGUUUGCAUUUUUUACAAAUGUUCAUUAAACCAUGUGGAACAUCCCGCUUCCUGCUGAUGCGUUCAAUGUCCUGUUCACUGUGGGGGAAAGCCUGGGUUCCAUAUCAAAGAGCUCCGGUUCUGAAGGGGACUAACAGCAGGUGGCGCUGUUGGUCUUCUCAUAGUGCAACUGAACAAUUUCCAGUUUAUGGGCCAUUCAUUAGUUUGGAUUUGUGUACAGGAUUUGUGGAUUUAGGGUGUGAUUGUGCCUCAGGAGAACUAAUUUUUGCCCGAGAAGAGAAAACCACCGACCGGCUUUGAUUUAUUCCAUUUCUGCCAAAUCUCUUGUGUCAUAUUUAGGCUACAGAUAUCAAGGUAUACGUAUUUCUACGGAACGUCUCAAUAUUAAAGCUUGUAAAACGACUUAACCAUAAAAUCAGAGCACACACUUGAAGUUUUGAUUCUGAAUCUAUUAAAAAUGGGCAGACAUUGG